CACACACAGGAAGUCAUGAAUUCGUUUAACGAGUACAUCAUUCCCAUCCCGGACCCGAAGCCAGAGGAGGUUUUCACCGACGUGCCUGAAAGUCCUGUAAGCUCUUUGGCUCUGGAGGAGGAGACCGACUCCGUGUCCCAGGACACGGAUGAAACUCUUCCAGAAGACGACCGGCCGGAGGACACCAGCGAGAAAGACGCCCUGCUGGGCUUCACAGGGACGCCUGAGGUAGAAGACAGCUUCCUGUAGCCCCAUGCAAGAGCCCCGAGGACGACAAGAGUCACGUUGUCUGGCUGAAAGAGAAACCCUGAACCUAACUGUAGCAAAGCUGAGAAGAACUCUGCAUUUUCACUAGGAGAACUCAAAAAGUUGUGCAUCCUUUGAGUUUAUCUGAACUUGAAACAAACAAACAAACACUAAAUA